UACUUUCAAAGAAUUAUCAAUUUUUAUAUUUUUAAUAAUAAAAUUUUCUCUUUUCAAAUAUGGAGCAACACAACAGUAAAGUGCGAGAUUCCGGAAGUAGAAAAACACGUGGAGAGAAAAGUGAACACAAACAUCUUCCAUGGCAAGGCGCUAAGAUGGCAGCGACGAUUAAGUAUCUCCCAAGCACGUCAAAGAAUGAAGGGAUUUUAGCAACUUUUGCCAAUGGUCGGCUGAAAGGAGGCACUGACAACAUAAGAUUUGGGUACUACAGGGGCAAAGAUGAGGCAGAUCCUAAGAAAUCAAUGAAAAGAACAUUGGUUGCUGAAACGGACACAAUGGAAUACAUAGGUCAGAAUCUUGACAUACAAGCUCCAAGGACAGGAAGGAUGUGCAAAUAUCUAGUGGGAAUAUUGGACAAAGAUAGUGGUAAAAUGAAGGUGAUGGAUGCACAGCUUUUUCACAUGAGACCAAGAUUUGAUAAAGAUGAAACUGAUGCACCCGAUAAAGCAGAAGAUAAAGAAUUAAGUUUUAUGGAAAAGAAUGACCUCCUUACCAAAGCAUUUGGCAGUAAUAAGAAGAGGAAGGCCAUGGACUCCAGAAUAAGGAACCAGAUCAAGGGCGAGGCCCUGGAGGUGGCUGUGGGGGCAGCAGUAGACCACACCCUCUCACUGCCCACUGCUGCACAGGUUACCAGUGUCCCAAAAAUAGUUGAUGAUUCUCCCUCUGGAAUACCACCCUUUGAUAAAGAUGCUUCCAAACCUGAAGAUGUCUAUAAGCUGGAUGAUAUUAUUAGUCCUGCAGAGAUGGAGGCCCUACACCAUGUGGUCAAGCCGCUUAUGAAUGCCACAAAAGAACAGAUUGCUCAGUGGAAGAAAGACGAAGUGUACCCUGGCUAUGUGUUACAGCACUUAUCAGUUCUCCCCAUACAGGAGGCGGCCAGAAGCAAAAAAGCCAGGUUACUUCUUUACAUGAGCUACCUCAUAAAGACGUAUAUGUUACGGGCUCCAGACCUAAAACGUAAAGAUAUUCUUCCCCAGGAUAUCCCAGAGACAGUCAGGAGGGCAUUGUUAGACAAAUACACUCUGAAAGCUACAUCCAGUGAUGGCAGGAAAACAGUGAGGUGUAUGCCUGCCAGGUUAAAGGAUAAAGUUGUCUCCUACAUGUUGGUGCUUGGGCUGAUCAUAGACGAGUUCAACUUGGAGCUGACAGCUUUACAGAAGGACAUUAAAAUGGGUCAGGCCAGGAUAAUUCAGCACAGCAGGUCCCUAGGCUGUAAAGUAACAUCACAAAAAGCAACCAUUGGUCUGCAGAAAAUAGAACAAAAGUUUGCUGUUCUGGAAACACCACUAACAUUCCCAGAUUUAAAACAAAGGACUACAAAGAAAAGAACUUGAUUGUUUGUUUUAGGU